UGGGGGGGGUGGCGGGAUGACAACAAAUAUGGCGGAGAGGAGCAGGACGGCAGAGACGGGCAGCGCCACGGGAAGUGACGAUAUCAUAGCAGGGAACGUGAGCAAGUACAUUGUUCUCCCAGCUGCUUAUUCUGGACAGCCUAAAAAAGGACAUCUUAUAUUUGAUGCCUGUUUUGAAAGUGGGAACCUUGGGCGGGUGGACCAUGUCACAGAGUUUGAGUAUGACCUGUUCAUCAGACCAGAUACCUGUAACCCACGCUUUCGAGUCUGGUUCAACUUCACUGUUGAAAAUGUGAAAGAAUCACAGAGAGUAAUUUUCAAUGUUGUCAACUUCAGUAAAACAAAAAGCCUCUAUAGAGAUGGGAUGGCUCCAAUGGUGAAAUCCACCAGCAGACCAAAAUGGCAAAGAAUACCCUCUAAAAAUGUGUACUACUACCGCUGCCCAGACCACAGGAAGAACUACGUCAUGUCUUUUGCUUUCUGCUUUGACCGAGAGGAUGACACUUACCAGUUUGCUUACUGCUACCCCUACACCUACACUCGCCUCCAGCACUACCUUGACACCCUCCAGAGGAGGAACAUGGACUAUUUCUGCAGGGAAUUGCUGGGACUCAGUGUGCAGAAACGACGGCUUGACCUCCUGACAAUAACCAGCCCCGCAAACCUGCGUCCAGGGGCUGAACAGAAAGUGGUGUUCAUCACUGCACGGGUCCAUCCAGGGGAAACACCAUCUUCCUUCGUCUGCCAAGGUAUAAUUGAUUUCCUUGUGAGCCACCAUCCUAUUGCAAAAGUACUGAGAGACCACCUGGUCUUCAAGAUUGCACCCAUGCUCAAUCCUGAUGGAGUUUACCUAGGAAAUUACAGGUGCUCCUUGAUGGGGUUCGAUUUAAACCAGCACUGGGCAAAUCCAUCUCCUUGGGCUCAUCCCACACUGCACGGAGUGAAACAGCUCAUCAUCGACAUGUACAACAAUCCGAAGAUUAACCUGGAGUUCUAUAUUGACAUCCAUGCCCACUCCACCAUGAUGAAUGGCUUCAUGUAUGGGAACAUCUUUGAAGAUGAGGAAAGAUUUCAGAGACAGGCUGUUUUUCCCAAGCUACUCUGUCAGAAUGCUGAAGACUUCUCUUAUUCCAGUACAUCGUUCAACAGAGAUGCUGUGAAAGCAGGGACAGGCCGGCGUUUCCUUGGCGGGCUGUUAAAUGAUACAUCCUACUGCUACACCCUGGAGGUCUCAUUCUACAGCUACAUAUUGGGUGGACCUGCUUCUGCUGUCCCCUACACAGAAGAAGCCUAUAUGAAGCUUGGAAGAAAUGUGGCCAGGACGUUCUUGGAUUACUACAGGCUGAACUCCUUGGUGGAGAGACCACUAGGAACUACUCCUAAAACUCGGAAGGAGAAACUGCCGCACUUUAAAUGCACUGCCCAGCGAGGCCCAGGGAACAGCCAUGCUGGCAGCAAGCCAGAGAAGAGGAGCCAGGCACAUCUGAAGGACCAGUCUCUCUCCACACGAUGAGAGGAGAGGAGAGAAGAGGAGAGGAGGGCUGCAGGGCAAGGCGGAGGAGCACGUCGCAGUCUGGAAUUGAUGAUGUUUCUCUUUUUUUUCUCCCAGACAAGUAUUUCUAAGAUAACAAAUAGUCCAAGGAGAGAAGAGGGAGAGGGGAAUUAGCUAGAAAUUUUACUAUUGAUUCUUUUUUAUUUAUAGAUGGUGAAUCAAUUUGAGGGUUUUUUUUUUUUUUUUGGCUUUUUUUUUUUUUUUUUAUCUGUGGGGGGAAAAAAAAAGAGUGAACUAAUAGCUUUGCAGAAAUCAUUUGCGGUGGCUGAAAAUCUAUUUGUUAAAAUGAGAAAGCCUUCCCUUCCUCCAGCAGUCCCCUCCUCUGACUUUAAAGGGGUAAUCCAUACAAUGAGCUAAGGAGGGAGUCCUGGCUCCCCUCCUGCACCGUGUGAUGUCUCCCCUUUUAGUGUCAGGCUUGGAAGCUCUUAUGCCAAUUGCAUGUGCUAGUCCUGUUAGCUUGCAUUAAGAGAGCCUGAUAAAUAGCUUCUGGGAGCCAGGCAGGUGCUCCUCAGUGUGCCGUUUAUCAUCCGCUGCAUGGUUAGGUUUUUUGCUCUUUAUCAGAUCAUUUGAGGAGAGGGGUCAUAUGAGAAAUGUUACUGUCAGGCUGCCGGCAUGAAACUUAAUGCAAGACCUGUCUAACACGCAGGAAUCAUGGUCCUCAAGCAAAAAAAUGGCUGGGGUCUAGAAAGACUGAACUUCCCAACAGAUGUAUGACUGAGGCAGCAUGAGCUGGGGUAGUGGUGAAAGGGGUGAACAAAUAGUGUUGUGCCACUACUGCAAGAAAUCCCAAGUAAAACCUCAGCACCUUUCCAUUACCUGGACAACAUGUGAAAUCUCUGCUCAAAGCCACCAUCAUUAGACAAUCUUGUCUCCUGCAUUGUGUGACUAUCUGAAACUUCUGCCAGUGAUUCUGAAACUGGAGGCUAAAAGAGGGUGACGCUGAGGAGAGUCCGAGUGUCUCACAGGGAAUGGGAAGGGAGAAUGCACUUAGAAGUGCCUCUUCUCAACCCAGCUUUUCUUCACUGUCUUCUGAUAGGAGUUAGUCUGCAAGGGUGGCUUGAGGGAGACAAGGUGCCAAGACUCAGCAGAUAAGAGAGGGAGAGGAUGAACCAGACUGAGGGUGAAGAAUGACGUGUGAAACAAGACUGAAUAAGCUCCUCUUGGUAGGGAGUGGCCCUGAAGAAGUACUAGCCCCAGACACUGUUAUUUAGUAAGAGCUGGGUUGGUUGUUCCUCUCCUCUUUCCCAGGACAUAAAUGUCAUGAUCUAAGAACACAGUCAGGCUCAGCUGGGUCCUCGUGAUGGCCUGUGUAAAAGAAAAAUGAAUCCUGGGGAUAAAUGAAAAGGUAUGGUAAAAACUGAGAACUAUAGGCUAAAAUAGACCUUUGGGGUAACUUAAAUUUACUGUCCCUGGGGGGACAACUUCCUGAUUCUUCAGUAAUGGAGACCUGGCUGCAAGGCCUGAGCAUGACCAAUGCUGAACCAAGGUGUGAUCCUAGGAAGAGCUGAAAACAGCUUGGGUUGCAUUCAUACUUCCUCUUUAACAAUCUCAAUGGAUAAAAGGGAGUUUUCUGUGAGGUUCUUGAGCUUCCCUCCAUACAAGUAAACACAAAGCAAGCAGGGUCAAGGCUGAGGUCUGUGUUCUGUGUCUCAGGACCUCACACACACUUCUGGAGCCUCCCAAUGGGCCUCCUGGAAGCCACUGGCACAUGGUUUCCACCCAGUUUCUAUUACUGCAGCCAGAAAAGAGUGAGCAGGUACAAGUUAGGACAAAAGCUUGGCUUUGCACGCCUCUGCAAACAGACAAGCUACUCAGGGUCGGCCAAAACUUGAGCUGAAUAUAUCUGUGCAUUAGCCACCCAUUAGCUGGGCUUUCCUAAGUUAGUUAAUUGCUCUCUGACCAGGAGAACUCUGUUGAAAACAAGAAGGAGGUAUCCCACUGGAAAGAAAAUUAUUUGAAACACCAGGCAAAACUGAUACUGUCAGCAUUUCAAGGUGAGGGGGUUAAACUGUGUACAUUUUUAGGGAGAAUAAAAUGCCUUUAUAGGAUGGAUUCCAAGACAUCCAAAAGGCGCAGUGCUGGCUCUCCGUCUCCAAAAGCAGAGUAAUGAGUAGCAGUGACAGUGUGAUAAUUAAAAUGACCUCUUGGAGAUAUGGAUUAGAAGGUACGCAGAAGGGGGAUAAGUUCUCCUUUGAAUUAAUCUAGUGCUAAUUUAUGACUAUCGUUGGGUUUUAUAGGGUUUUAGUUGGAGACUUUCAAAGUUGGUUUAUUGGGGUGAAAAUGUUCCUUCUGCAUAUUCAUUGGAAAAACUCAGAAUUCCUCAUUAUUUAUUUUUGAAUGUUUCUAUAUACACAUAUAUAUAUAAUGAGAGAGUUUCAGUAUUUGCUUAGCCGCUAAAAAGUCUACUCUAGAAAUAUGAAUAAAGUGAUAAAAGCAGUUGUGGAA